UGACGUCUCCUUCGUGGUGGGGGAGGAGCGGCAGGUGAUCCACGCCCAUCGCUGUAUCCUGGCGUGCCGAUGUCCCGUCUUUCAGAGGAUGUUCAGCCAUCAGAUGCAGACUGCGCUGUCCCCGCAGGUCCCCUUGGUUCUCGCCGACACCGCGCCCGCCGUCUUCCUGGCUGUCAUAGAAUUCAUCUACACCAACCAUGUGACCCUCACCCGACGCAUCGCUCUGGAAGUUCUGACGUCGGCGGUGGAAUACGGUCUGGAUGAGCUGCGAAAGAUCUGUGUAGAUUUUAUCGGUCAGUCGUUGUCGGUGGAAAUGGUGUGUGAAGCUUUACAGGCGGCGGUCACCUACGGGCAGACGGACUUACGGCAGCGAUGUCUGGUGUUCAUUGAGCGCCACACGCAGGACGUGAUUCGGACGAGGAGUUUCCGGGAAAUCUCGGAUUUGGGGAUGAUCAGCAUCCUGAAGAGCGAUCGGAUCUCCCUGGAUGAAGUUCCUCUGAUUCACGCCGUCCGGGAAUGGGCCCAUGUCAGCUCAGCGGUCCUGGGCGUGUCCGUGGCUGAAGUCGCACAUGAUGUGGUGCGGGAGCUCCGCCUCUUCCUGUUGUCCCCGGAGGAGCUGACCACUCUGGAGAAGGAGAACGCCAAAGACGAGCUGAUCCCUGAGUUUCAGAUCGCUCAGUCCUGGAAGUUCCUCGCCCUGAAGAAAGCGAUCGGCUCGGAGCCCCAACUGAUCCGCCGGAGGAGGGGCACUCUCCCCAGAGACCAUCACCGCUACCUGGACCCGCCCCCUAAGGGAGGAGCAGAGCGCUAGCUCCUGGACCCGCCCCCUAAGGGAGGAGCAGAGCGCUAGCUCCUGGGCCCGCCCCCUAAGGGAAGAGCAGAGUGUAAGCUCCUGGACCCGCCCCCUAAGGGAGGAGCGCUCUCUCCUGGACCCGCCCCCUAAGGGAGGAGCAGAGCGCUAGCUCCUGGGCCCGCCCCCUAAGGGAAGAGCAGAGUGUAAGCUCCUGGACCCGCCCCCUAAGGGAGGAGCAGAGCGCUAGCUCCUCGACCCGCCCCCUAAGGGAAGAGCAGAGCGUUAGCUCCUGGGACCGCCCCCUAAGGGAGGAGCAGAGCGUUAGCUCCUGGGCCCGCCCCCUAAGGGAGGAGCAGAGCGUUAGCUCCUGGGACUGCCUCCUAAGGGAGGAGCAGCGCGUUAGCUCCUGGACCCGCCCACAGUCUGAUGACGUCAUUCGUUCAGCUUGUAAACGAUCGUCUGGAAAUUUCAUAAAAAUCUUUUCUUAUUAAACUU